CUAACAUGGCUUCAAAGUUUGCAACAUCGACGAACAAGAGUUCAGAUAUAUUCCAUGACUUUGCUUGUUCAAUUUGUGAAGAUAAUGACAUAAGAACUGAAGGUCAGUUUAACUGUGGUGAGUGCUCAAAAAGCUACUGUGGAGAAUGUGUCGUCUUCCAUAACGGAAUGUUUAGGAGGCACGCUUUGUUGGGCCGUAUAAACGUGGACAAGUGGGUGGGGCAGCGGGAAACAUUGGCGAGGUGUGACCUUCACCCUGAAGAGAUUAUAAAGAUGGAAUGCCAGAAGCACAGCAAGCUCUGUUGUCACCUCUGUGCGAUCCUAAAUCAUAGGAAGGACGACUGCAGUAUCAGCCUUGUACAAGACCUGGCAAGGGACAUACACAAGAUGGCUGUCUUAAAGCAGCUUCCCGCCAAUGUGAGCAAGCUGACCGCCAUGCUGAAACAGGUCAUAGAGGACAGAAAAAGGAGCAAAAACUCCCUUGAAGUUUCUAGAAAGUCAAUCCUGACAAAGAUCAAGGCCCUACGAAACAGAUUAAACCAGCUACUAAAUGAGCUGGAGGAAAAUACAGUGGAACAGAUGGACAGUGUCCUUACUAACCUGGAUGGGUCACUACAGAAGGACAUUGACUCUUGUACACAUAUGUAUGACCAGCUCAAGGUUUUUAUGGACAAAAUCCAAGAAAGCGGCAUGGACAAUAAGCCCAAUUCCUAUAUCGGCUUAAGAAAAUGUGAAGACAAGAUAAAAGAGGCCAAAAGUCUGCUUCAGGAUAUGUUACCUAAGCCUGAGACAAAAGUGAGUUUCAAAGCUGACACCCAAGCUGAGCUAGUGCUGUCUGAACUGAAAACACUAGGAACGAUCCAAAACGUUUCUGAGGUCCUGGCUGGAAGUCAAGCAGAAAAUAAAGUACAACCUGUAGACCCCUCAAAAGCAUUGCAUGCGGUGAAAAGGAAUACUUAUAAUAUGAAACUCACGACGGAUAGAAAAAUAUGUAAGAUUCUAGGAAUUGCUGAACUCCCAAGUGGAGAAAUCAUCCUAGUAGAUAAUAACAAUUCAAACGUGAAGAUGGUGAAUAGCCGGUAUGAGGUAGAAACACACCGUGAUGUUCCCAUGUUUCCAUGGGAUAUCUGUCUCACCAAAGGCAAUGAACUGGCUGUAGCUAUAGACUAUUUUGACAAGCUACAUGAAAUCCACUUCCUGACAGUGUCAGCAGGCAACAUCACCAUGACCAGGAAAUUUUCAGUUGACCAUCGAUGUAACUCUAUCAGGCAUCACCAGGGUCAGCUGUAUGUGGGGUCCUUCAAUGCCUUGUACCUCUAUAACACAACUGGUCAAAUGGUUAAGAAAUUAUAUGAAGACACAUCAUCAAAGUUGACAGUGAACCACUUUGCAUUGAGCCCAGAUGCCAUGAAAAUUUACAUUCCAGCCUAUGAUCACCACACACUAAUAACCAUUGACAACAAAGGCAACACUCUGGCCACGUUGCAGGGCCCAGACUUCAUGAAGCCAGUUUGUGUACAUGUUAGCGAGGGUGGACAUGUGUUUGUGUGUUUGUAUUACUCCAACAAAGUGCUGCAGGUUGAUCUGGAAGGCACCCAGAAGCUGGUCACAUUAGUCAAGAAGGGAGAUGAUAUUAACUAUCCACAGGCAGCCUGGUACAGCACCCGCACAGGCAUGCUUAUUGUGGGGGGAACACAAGAUGAUAUUCUGGUGGUACAACUUCAGUGAACACAGUGAAAUAAGCCAGCGUAUCUUUGACACACUAAUAUGUAACAAGUUAGCCUCAAUAUUAUUUCUUGUGCUGUGUGUCUCUUAUUAGUUUCAUUUAGCCUUAUUUUCACCUUAACCUUUUAUCGAUGUGAUAAAAACACGGAAUACAAAAUAUUUCACAGAUAACAGUA